CGUCACUGCUGGAUCACCACCAAAAAAGUAGCUGGGGAGCUUGUCUUUGAUCAUCACUGCAGCUUCAGCAUCAGCUUCAGCCUAAGACUAGUAGUUGUCCUUACUAGUCCAGUUGUCAUUAUACUCUAUAAGCCUGAAAGAGCCCGUCCCCCCUUUCUUCCAUCCCCCAACAAUCAUACCACCUACUUCUCGUCGAUAAUUCGUUUCUACUUUCACUGCUUUUUGUAUACCUGCUCUGCUGCCUUUUCAGCGUUUAUCCCUCCUCCCCCACACAUUCCAGUCAACCCACAUGCUAAUACUGAAGCCUGCAAGCCGCCGAGCCUUCUCGCGCGAACGCCAAAAGCUUCGAUCCUCCUCGAGCACAAUUGGCGACCAGAGCUCGCUCGAGCGCCAGCCAGAUGGAACAAGAUCCAAAACCCGACGAUUUGCGAGAACGAGCUGGAUCUUCUGAGCCCGGCUUCACGCGUCCAAACCCUUUCGUCGACGCCAGUUCUUCCUCGCGAAAGCGCCGCCGAACAUCGCUAGCAGGCUCCCGAAGCAGGUCCACCGAUACUCUACCGCCACAUCCCGAGUCUGUACCUGAGGUUGGCGCUGAAGCCGAGGCCGUAGCGGAGAACGAAGCGACCAUGAAAGUCGAUAGCCUAGAGCCUGCUGUCCCUAGCACGCCGCCGCAACAGUCGGAUCUGCCUACGGAGCCAUCCUCGUCGGAGCCCCAGUCGAGCAAGGUCACGAUCAAUCUUCGAAAUGGCCAUAGCAAUGUUCAAAAAGACCCAGCCUCUCCCUCGGCAACCAAGGGACGGCAUCGGGCUGAAGACGUCAAACCCAGCGUGGAACAGCCAGAGAUGGACAUGAGGCAGCCACCCCCCGACGCUUCGUCCUCACCGUCGAUUGCAACUAGCUCCGAUGUUGUCGUCGAACCCGUGAACGAUGACGAUGACGACGAUUUGGAGCUCAUAGGCGUACGGUCUACUAUUCCUCACGUAGACAUCACCUCGAUAUUGCUUACAUUUCCCUACUACACUGCCGAGACAGGCCUCUACGAUACAGUCGUAAGAUUAAACUCGUUCUUCGCAACACCUGUACAUUUCGACGAAGUUUUGGUUCAGCUGAAUGCCUGGUUCGAGAGAUACUUGCAACAUGCCACGACAGACGUCCCCGCUGCCGAGCUAGCAGUCAGGUCCGCUGUAGACGUGCGGUUGCUUUGGCAGACGCUGCCCGAGCUGUUUCAGACCAUCUAUUCGCGCAGGAAUUUUCUCUCCAAGAAUUCCACCACUCGCGAGCUUGCGGCGCAGUUGCUGUCGUUUAUCCCUAGACUGGCAGCACACUUGGUGAAGUUGGACAAUCGACUCCUUGACAAAUUAGCGGACAAGCAGCUUCAAGAUGUUGAUUUAGUCUGUACAGAAUUCCUUCACUGUCUAGGCGUGCUUACUGGUCGACGCGAAGAGCCCCAGUUACAGAACGGCUAUGCAGCAGAAGUCGUGGUUGACAAUGCGAAUUUGUUGGAAAUGUUUCAGAGAGAAUUGGAGCCUGAAGCCAAGGACCCAUCGAUGAUGAGACUAGUACGACUGGCAGAGUCCGUCUCAGCCCAGUCAAGUCACAGCCCGAGGAAGGUAAUGGAAUACCUUACCAGGAUAUGUGAACUAGCCGACAACAUUGCUAGCGACAGUAAUAUUCAUGUAACUCGGUUGUUGGCAUCAUACAAUGGGUUGCCGACACGACCACAAAAGAAUUUGACCUUGGCCAUUAGGAUUUUCACGGCGGCGUCGACAGCUUUGCGCCACGUAGUCGAAAAGUCCCCAAGCCAUCUAUCAUCCGAUCUGGUACAACCCAUUUUGUUUCACUUGAGCAAUCUGCUACGAAUCGGUCUUCAGUCAUCCUCUACAGAUGCGACAAAUAUGCUAGCUAUCCUACAAAAGCAACACCCUUCUCUCCCAGAAGCCUUUGUUGCUGAUGCUGUGCUCCAGGAAUGGCGAUUUGAGCAACUCACUAGGAUGAUAACAUCUCGCCAAAUGCAGCUGCGUGUAGCGUCCCUAAGUUAUCUUGCAAGUAUUCUCGUCUACGAGUGGAAGAAGUGUCAAGAUUACCGUAUGGACGGCGCCAGCGAUUAUCUGAAGCAUCUAUCCACAAGACUAACAGCGACGGGGCUUGUGAAUUAUCUUCUCGGACCUACCUGUCAUCCCGAGCUCAUCAUAGACGGUUUCAAUAUCAUCGGGUUCUUAGGUGUCACUGAAACGUACGGUUCCGAGCAGACAGAUCUAUUUUGGCAGACUAUGACCACAACCCAAGAUCCCAGGAUAUCCGAUGCUUUGAACAAGAUGAUGGCGAAGACGGCUAGCCAUUUCGGAAGAGAAGCUCUGGCAUACCUGGUUCACAAGUUUCAAAGCCUGCCGGCGGAGGCCUUCACCCCACCCAUGAGAGAGCUCUGUGAUACAAUUAUUCUGACUAUCACGAACAAACAACCUGAGCUGGUCCCAAAUGUCGCUAAAUUCUGUCUACGGCUGGUGCAGGAAGCCUCCAUCAGCGGCGCCCAAGGCUUUUCAGAGCACAUGGACACGUGUGACUUUGCAGCCAGUAAGCUGUUCGAGAUUCUGAACCACGCGAACCAAAGCCUGCGCCACGAGCUUCUCCAGGAGUGUCUAACUGACAUCUCGCUAAAGACACAAAGCACCACCGGAAGUCUACAUGUACUCUUUCGAUUGAUUCGUCCAGCAUUGACCCAAGAUCUUGCUGUUCUGGUCAAAGAACGUGAUUUUCCUCGGCUUCUCGCAGAAGAGCUAGAGGCUACGAUCACAAAUGCGCGAGCGCUUGGAUUCAGGCAAGUGUACGCAUCCCCGUUGGGCACUGCGCGCCGUAACCUCAUCGAACACAUCAUUGCUGAAUACAGUGCUUCAUUUCAGCCUCAAACCGUGGCAAAGUUUUGGCGCUUAUUGGUUGGAGAAGCCGCGGCAUCUCAAGAUGACAGAAUGAUGGGCUGGCAUACAUUGAAUAUUGCCUUGAAAAACACCCGCUCGCCGAACCCUGUCCUGAUCAUAUGCUUGAAAGACCACCUUCCACAACUGUCGCCUGAGCUGUAUUGUUCCGGUACAUUACAAUUUCUGCGACAAGCAUUGGUGCCACUCGCGACUGAUGUGAACGAUACAGCCCUUGAUGGAGAGCGUGACUCUGAUAACGGAGUUCUGGAACUCCUCUGGCAGAUGAUACUCAAGGCGCUUCCUCAGACCAUCGAAAGGCAGGCGAUUGACAUAUUGGUGAACGACAUCUACGUCAAGGGAAAAUCAAUCACUUCAUUCCCGUUGGACCGCGCGCGCAAGGUGCAUUUCGCGCUUGUUAAUCGAUGCCUCCAGCAAAUGGCAGAUGCUGCAAAAGCACUGUCUCAGUCGGGCAUAUUGACACACGGCAAUGAAGAUAACAUGAUUACAUUUGAAGGUAGCGAGCUCAAUGAUCAUGAACUCAGGUUCACCAGGUCGUUGUACGUGCUACAAGCAUUUCUUGCGGUUUUGCAAGAUCAAUCUCACCAUUUUGCUGCUCCAGACCUGAGGUCUCUCAUGCUGCAAUCGCCCAGUGUGGUCGAGGGGGAGCCAGCAGACCUGAAAGUCCAGUCCUUUGACGGUGACCAACAAACUGAUCUGAAGCCUCUCGCGAUCGGCAGGCAGAACACGGCUGCUUCUCUGUUAGCUAGCAUUCGGGAGGCAACGGGUUUCGACAACUACCGCAUAUUCUAUCGUGGAGCGCCCCUAACACCAACUGCAGACCAAAUAUGCAAGUCUUUGGAGGAACUCAAGAUCCACAACGGCCUCAUUUUGGUGAAAAAAGAAUCUGAUGCGGUCUCUACACCGGUCAAUAUCAAGCCCGGCGCAUCACCUCUUGAAAUUGAAAUUUUGAACCAUUUCGAAGCAUUAUGGGAUUAUCUUAGUAUGGGGGAGAGACUAGCCAAAGAGGUCUACCACUUCUUGGUCAAGUUACCCGCAGAUGGUUCGAUUCUGAAGGCCUUUGAGAGCCCUGCGACAUCAUACCUGGACGUUUUCCCUCUAGGGGAGCCGUUCAAGUGUCUUUACACGAUUCAUGCCCUGCGUGAGUCAUUGAACACUCGGCGCUUGAAGGCGCAGGCCAUGCAGGUAAGCCGACCAUCGACGGAUGAUUGCCAUAAGGCUACGCCCGACCAAGAAGAGGCCCUCAUGAAAGCCAUGGUUCUUGUCACGGCCGCAAUAGAGGACCCAGAAGUCAUUGCUCGCUGCCCUUCUGAAUCUUUGCAGAUGGAGCUCAGUUUCCAUCUGCUGGAGACGUUUGUGCAGUUGUUGACAGACUCGGAAAAUACGCAGGCUGUCUCCUCACUCCUCACUCGAGAACUUCAAGAGCGAAUGGUGACAUUGCUCUCUGAAGCCAUUGCUGCGCAAGAUUCCAGCUAUGCCGUUGAUGUUGCGAAUCGCGCAUUAGAAGCAUUGCUCGAAUGCUGUUCGAAGACAAAUGAAUUCUGGGGAAAUUUCCAGCAACAGACUGCCCUUGGCAAAAUCAUUCGAGAUCUCCUUUUCGACAACCGACCUUUCAUGCGAAAAAACACAGCCAAGCUCAUCAAGGAUAAGUGCACUUACAAUUACAGUGUUUCAAGCGUCACACCACUGCAAUUCACAGAGUUAUUCUGGCCUGUAGUCUCGGCACUCUUGCCUUACACUGCAGGCGAAUCAACUCGAUGUGAGGAAUCUUUGACACUAUCAUAUACACUUAUGCAGAAAUUGGUCGAAGCAGACUCCAGCGUGUUGGACAUGCAAUCUUGCAUAAAGCAAUGUGGAGAACUGAUACUAUCCUACACAUGCACAGAGGAUGUGUCGUAUCCGGAUCAAACAGAUACUGUUGCGCGCGGCUUGAUCUCGAUUCUGUACUUCGGGGUUAAGCAUAUGGUUGAGCACGAGAAGCUACAACUCUCAAGCAGUUUUACUCGCAAGCUCUUCCACAAGCAUCUAUUUCCUCACGAAGAUCCGCAAGGGCCGCUCGUCCCGCGCGUUGUGCUGAACGCUGAGACCCGAGGUAUGCUCACGGGAAUCUUCUCGCUCUUUUCCAAAGUCAGCGACGAGCACAACUUGAUUGUUCUUCAUGCGCUCAACGGUCUGGUAUCAUACGACGAAGAAUCAGGAGACAGCAUUCCCUACAAGUACGACAUACCACAGGGCUUCGAGCGCUCCAAAGCCGUACGUGCACCCGGCGGCCAUGUCGGACUGCGAAACCUUUCCAAUACUUGUUACCUGAACUCCUUAUUCACUCAGCUAUUCAUGAACCCACAGUUCAGACGCUUCAUGAUGCAAGUUCCAGUACCGAAUACCAAUACACACAAGUUACUCUACGAAACGCAGCUAUUGUUCUCGGAACUUCAAGAUAGCAUACGUCGGUCCAUUGAUCCGAGCGCCUGCGUUGGGCAGAUAAUGACGUACGAAGAAACUCCAAUUGAUAUCCACACCCAGAUGGAUGUCGACGAGUUCUACAAUCUCCUAUUCGACCGAUGGGAAUCACAGAUGUCAAGUGGGAAAGCUAAACAAAAAUUCCGAUCGAUCUAUGGUGGGCAGUUGGUGCAGCAGGUCAAGUCUAAGGAAUGCGAACACAUUUCUGAGCGGAUUGAGCCAUUCUCCGCGAUUCAGUGCGAUAUUAAGGGCAUAUCAAGUCUUCAAGACAGCUUACAGGCCUAUGUCGACGGUGAGGUCAUGGAGGGUGAUAACAAAUACAAGUGCGAAAAGUGCAACCGCCAUGUUGACGCCGUCAAGAGAGCUUGCCUUAAGGAGAUACCUGAUAACGUGAUAUUCCACCUCAAAAGGUUCAGCUUUGACCUCAGAACUCUCCAGCGCAACAAGAUCAACGAUCAUUUUGCUUUUCCCAAGGAGAUUGACUUGGCCCCUUUCAAGGUUGAGCACCUCAGCAAGCCCUCCGGAGAUGCUGAGCCUGAUAUGUUUGAGCUUGUAGGCGUGUUGGUGCAUUCGGGUACCGCAGAGUCUGGGCAUUACUACUCAUACAUCCGCGAAAGACCUAGCUCCUCCAAAACCGAAUCCUGGUUCGAGUUCAACGAUGAUACUGUCUCUCCUUGGGAUCCAAUGAAUCUUGAGGGCUCUUGUUUUGGCGGGAAGGAUCUCGCAUCUCGAUUCGAUGGUGGGCUUGGGUUUGAGAAAGCCUACAGCGCCUACAUGCUCUUUUAUCAACGAUCUUCGACCUUGAAAAAAGACCAAAGCCGGUCAACGAUGAGCAUGAAGGGCUCGGCGCGGGUUGAUCUCAAGCCCGAUAUCGAGAUGAGUAUCAAAGAAGACAACUGGGGUCUUGUUCACAGAUACUGUACUAACGAACCCUCCCACAUCACAUUUGUGAAGGAGAUCCUUGUACGCACAUGGGGGUCUUCCUGCUCCCACAGUCACAAGGUUGAAAACUUGGCUAUGCAUGUUGCUCUGGGUCAUCUCGACCAGAUUGCAUCUCGAGCAAAGGACAUUCCUGACUUUCAACUACUUUAUUCGAUAGUUAGUCAAGCGUGCCAUCGAUGUAUCACAUGCUGCCUAUGCUUCUUCGAUUAUUUCAGAGCCAGGACUGAAGCCUUGCGAAUGCUGCUGCUCCGCAACGCAGAAGCACCGGUCCGACACGCAACAGGAAACUUGCUUAUUCAUGUACUGAAAAGUCUAAAGCUGCAUCAUCGGGAGGAAUACGACCCACCAUUCGAAGGUGAUGAAGACAGCACUGAUAUCGACAUUUAUGACGUCAGGCCUUCUUUCCUUACUGCAGCUGUGCGAAUGUUCAGCACACUGUUCGAGUCUUUCCACAACAGUCUCCGGGCCUGGCCCGAAUUCUUUCACGUAAUUCUGUCAUUUGCCAUGAUGGGGAAGUUGGAAAUAGCUACUCUCCUCGAAGAAAAUUACCUCCUGAAGCUCAUCAUGAUUGUCACUGCAGACGCCACAGACCAGGAGCUUCCCCCACAAUACGCCCGGUUAGCUACAACGCUCUUCAGGCGACAACGGCCGCCGAGCUACGAAGCCAUUAUAUCCUUAAUUGAUUUGCUGAUGGAUCAGUUGGACCCGGAUGAGCGUGAUUUUGUGGACUCAUCCCAGGGUCGUUUACAAUUAGUUCUCGAAGAUGAAGAUCAAUCGGUACCAUACACAAGUGAUGAGGUUAACGAAAUACACAGGCAGUGGGCCAGAUCGCAGAACAGUACCUUCGUUGAUAAAUUGAUACAGCACGGCCAAAAUCUCAAGGCAACUGAGUCUAUAUGCCGGCGUCUCAUAGAUUUCAGCCCGAUGAUGGAUCAACAAGUCUUCAUCACAUUGCGAUUGGGUAUCACAGACUGCCAACAGAAUGCACCGCCUGUUGCUGGUUACUUACGAGCGGCUGUAUGGUACGUCCGUUAUAGCAGCAAUGCAGUGCAUGUGCAUAACUUGAUCAGAGAUGUGGUUUUCCAAUGCCGAUCUCCGGCCAAUGUUGAAGGAAUGGCCUACCUAUCGUUCUUCAAGCGGAUCUUUGAGGGGGCAAGAAGAAGUGAACCGGAUCCAACAGCGGUAUACAUCAGGAGUCUUCAGGAGCUUGCUUGCUGGGCGCCAGCUCUGAUCGGCCACAUGGACUCGAGCGUACGAGAACAGGUGGACAAGUUUCUUGAAGAGGUCCUCUGGGGCCUAGGUCCUGAGCCGUCCGUCUUCGUUGAGGAAGAGCAUGGUGUGGAAAAAGCCCAAGAACUGGUCACUACUGGUAAACAUCUGACAAUCAACUGCUUGUUAUAUUUGCAGGAGGCCUAUGUUGAACGUAAUGCGCAAGCACCCAGGGAAAGCGUUUUGCCUUUACAAGAGGCAAUUCAAUGCGGUGCUGUAUAUUUUACUGACGCUAACGCUCAUAUUCAUCCUGAACUGGAUAUCAAGUACGCCGAGUUCAAGCCAGUCAUCCCUGAACUUGGUCGGUUGAUGGUUGAUGAGGUUGAAGAGGAUGCUUCCGAUUGGGAUAACUCGGUUGGCUCAUCAGAACCAAUCGAUCUGGGUGACGUCUAGCUGUAGCCAUCUUCACUACAGAACCAAAGUCAAGACUGAGGGUGCAUUGGAACUUGGUGCUUGACUGCAGUCUCAAACGGUUCAUUUGGCAGGUCGUCAUUACAACGACUCUUUUCUGAUCUAGUCCCAGGGGUUUGGCGAAUGGAGUUCUUUGAGAAAAUGUUGUGGAUGCAUGGCAUAGGUGUGCAGGCGUUUCAACGAAGGACAAAUACUCCGCAGCGGUAUUGGUUUUUUAUUUUUCUUUAUUUUUCUGAUUGAUCUCGUGGAAGAAAAUCUUCGGAAGCGCGAGCAGGUCUGCCUAGCAGCGUCUGCAGCAUGGGUUUACGACAUUACAUAGGGCAUUACGACUUGACGAUGGGGAUAAUCUCUGUCUGAGAUUGGCCGAACCUACAUCCCCUUGAUAUGAUUUAGAUGAUGGUCUUGAAAUAGACAUGGCCGUGACCAAUAA